UUAAAAUGAAUAUUAAAGUAUCUUCCAAAGAUGAGAAAUCAAAUGAGGAUGUGUUCAAAAAAUUGUGCGAUUUCGGAACAUUUCAGACUGUACAGUAUUUUUUGAUUUGUUUGCCGUUGAUAAUGGUGUCCAUGAUGAAUGUGAAUUAUAUAUUUGUUGCGGAAAAUAUCAACUUCAGAUGCCGUGUCCCCGAAUGUGACGGUCUGAAUGCAACAGCGUCAACGCCCGUGUGGUGGCCCAGCGCAUACGACUCCAAGUGUGUCAGACCAAUAUUCAACUUAACAGAUGAGGCGACGUGCGAAAACCAGAUGCCUGUUGAAUUCAGAGAGUGUGAGGAAUGGAUUUAUGAGCACGGGAAUUCGGCUGUUGUUGAGCUGGACAUCGGAUGCCAAUCGUGGAAAGCUUCAUUUGUAGGCAGCAUCCACAACAUAGGAAUGUUGUUCUCAAUGAUAUUGAUGGGUUGGAUAGCAGACAGAUUCGGAAGAAAACCUACUAUAAUAAUAUGCGCAGUAGGCGGAGCAGUCGGGGUGUUCAAAAUCUUCGUGUCCAACUUCUACGCUUAUCUGACUAUAGAAUUCUUGGAGUCGUUCAUCGCAUCUGGACUUUACACUGUCGCUAUUGUUUGGAUGAUUGAAGUCGGCGGUGAAACUAAAAGAGUCUCAGCUGGUGUUAUAUUCUCCUACGCCAUAUACGUAGGCGAAGUAGCAUUCGCCUUUAUAGCGAUGGGCCUUCAACAUUGGCAAUCUCUGAUACUUGCCAUAUACGCCCCUGUCAUAAUAUUCGUCAUAUACACAAUUGUUCUUAAAGAAAGCACAAGAUGGCAACUAUUACGAGGAAAAACUAAUGAUGCAAGGAGAACGUUUAAAAUAAUUGCUAGGAUAAAUAAAGUAGCACUAACAAAUGAUGAAAUAGACAAUAUAAAGGAAGAUGAUUUAAGAUUAAAAUUCAACGUAGCUUCUCAAAAGGAAAAGGAGACUGUACGUGAUAUUAUCAAAUCUAAAGAAAUAAUGAUACGUUUGGCUGUUAUUUCUUUUUGUUUUUUUACUUCAAGCUUCGUAUACUACGGGUUGGCUGUUCAAGCAAUAUCACUGCCUGGGGACAAAUAUUUGAAUUUUGCAUUGACUUCAUUGACAUCUUUUCCUGGGGAUUUGUUGGCAUUUUUCACUUUUUCCAAAUAUGGCAGAAGAAUUUCAUUACAAGCCGGUUAUUUCGCCUGUGCUGCAUUUAUACUUGCGCAGGCAUUUGCUCCAGAGUCGACUCCAUGGCUAAAACUCCUGUUGUUCCUACUGGGAAAAUUAGGAACUGCUCUCUGUUUUACUGGAGUGUACACUUACAGUUUAGAAUUGUUUCCUACUAGUGUAAGAGGAUCCCUGUUUGGUUUUUGCAAUACGCUUGCGAGAAUCGGCAGUAUGUUGUCACCGCUGGCUCCUUUAUUAGUAUCGGAGCUGCCGGCUCUACCGUCAAUACUUUUUGCCUCGACGGCCAUGAUGGCUGCUCUAUUAUUAACAUUCACUCCGGAGACCAAAACUAUGCCGUUGUUCGAUACUGUGGCAGAAGUAGAGGCUUACAAAUCAAAAGUUACUACCAAGCUUUAGAUGA